AUGAAUCACCCUGUACCAUAUACUGUGGUAGCUUUCAUAGUUAAUGUUUACCAGUUAAAAAUGCAGAUACACUUGAUUAUGAAUACUUGGACUUUGUUCAUCAGCAAGAACUAUGCAUGAGCACUUUGAAUGACUGUAUUAUCAUCAAUCAGCAGCAUGCCUAAGUACCUAAUAUAGUAUGACCACUUCGACCUUGGGCAUGUUUCUUAUUUAGUAGUCUCUGACUUUGCUUGAGGUUAUCAACAUCUUUUGUCCUAGAAACUUCUGAUCUGACAAAUGCUUAUCAGAGUGUCCAUGCUUAAGGGUCUGUUUCAGCACAGUAAUAGCGUCAGACUUGUAAGAUACGACAGGACUUACAGCAGAUUGCCAGCAAAUCCAAAGACUUUCUUCAACACCAUGGGGAGCAAAAUUAAUAUACGGGCUGUGGAUUUAAGGAGUGACACCGUUUCAAAACCAACAGAGGAGAUGCGCAAAGCCAUGUUUGAAGCUGUGGUGGGUGACGAUGUUUAUGGAGAAGAUCCAACAGUGAACGCAAUGGAGGAAAAAGCUGCAGCUAUUCUCGGAAAAGAGAGUGGUCUGUUUGUACCAAGUGGGACAAUGGCAAAUUUAUUAGCAAUUAUGGUUCACUGCAGUCAGAGAGGAAGUGAAAUGAUAUGUGGGGAGAUGAGUCACACAUUCUUGUUUGAACAGGGUGGUCCAGCACAGAUUGCUGGAGUACAAAUAUGGCCACUUCCUAACAAACCAGAUGGUACAUUUGAUUUAGAUGCUAUGGAGGAAAGAGUGCGAGAUCAUGCAGAUGAUCAUGAGCCAGUGACAUCUCUCAUUUGUGUUGAGAACACACAAAAUUGGUGUGGUGGAAAAGUGUUACCGCUGAAGUGGCUGGAUGAUCUGGCAACGAGAGCAAAGCAGCUCAGCAUCCCCCUACACAUGGACGGUGCUCGACUAUUCAAUGCCGCAGUUUACCUGAAUGUACCGGCAUCGCGUAUUGUCAGAGAUUUUGCAUCUGUCGCAUUCUGUGUUAGUAAGGGACUUGGUGCUCCUGUCGGUGCAAUACUGGCUGGGAACAGAGAUUUCAUACGCAAGGGCCGACGUCUGAGGAAAGCUCUGGGUGGUGGAAUGAGGCAGGUGGGUAUCAUAGCAGCAGCAGGAACUAUAGCACUUGAUUCCAUGGUGCAGAGGCUGGUGGAAGAUCACAGGAGAGCUAACGCCAUAGGAAAGGCUAUUGCUGAGUCAGGCAGUAAAAUUUUUCAAGUUGAUUACAAGAAUCUCCACACUAAUAUUCUCAUGAUAAACAUCAACAGCAAACAAAUCACCUCUAAAGAAUUCUGUGACCGCUUAGCCACGGUUACUGAAGAUGAAACUGCUACGCUUGGACAAAACACAGCGAUUAUCAAGAUCUGUCCUGUAACAAAGAAUUCUGCCCGGCUUGUUACUUACUACGAGAUCACAGACUCCGAUGUUGAAGCAACAAUUCAGAAACUCAAAUUUGUUAUGCAUGAAUACGAGUCAUGUUGACCACAGAAAAUGCAGCUUAAAAAUGUAGACAUGAUUGGUGUAUUGAAACCAAACUGACAAUGUUCAUAAUAAAAGACAGCACAAAAUGAUACUAAGUAUUAAGAUAACCAUACAUAACCUCAAACUCUGAUAACUGCAUUCAGAAAUCAAACGAUAUACCAGUAAAUAACACACCUGAUGGCCUAAUCUGACAUCAAUGGGCUCAAAUUAAACUGUAUUACCUUAACUCAUCAGCUUCCAAAAUUUAAAUUUGUAGUUCUUGUGUACUGUCAGGGCCUGCAGGUCCUGUUCCAAGUCUCAUGACUGAUCUGACAUUUUUUCAUGCAUCCCAAAAUUUCUGAUCUUAUUCAUUAAUUUUAUAAAGAAGGAACAGUGAGUAUAAUUUGUUCGUAAUUAUCUUUCAAACCAGCUGGCUGCUAUAUCUGAACUUGGUAUGAAGGUCAUGCUACCAGCGGCAACCAUUUUGUCAUCUUCUGAACUCAUCACUUUCAAUUAUAUGGAAAUGGUAGCCACUUCUUGGUGGAAGAGAAUCCUGAAGUCUUGUGAUUAUCAGACCUUUUAAAAAUGAGCCUCCUGCCACAAAAUGCUCAGGGACAUCCUGUCAACUAGUUUCAGCACGAGUCCGCUGAAUGCCACCUUUCAACAAGAUAACAAAUUUCCUGUAUGAUUUGAGGUGGUGGUGAUUCAUAUUGUGGUUAUCAGGGUUAUGGCACCAUGCAGUCUGGUAGGUCGAUACCACUGUUUUUAUCCUGAAGAUGGAGGCAGUAUGCUCCUGCAAAAUGUUGGAAAUCACUUACCUGACUACACGGUUUAUAACUCGGUAACCCUGAAGGUCACAAUGAAAGAAACUUCCUUCCUCUGUACCCAGUCAAGUGCUGGGUCAGAGAUGAAGGUCCCGACUUAAACAGAGAAUAUGAUAAUGUGCUGCCUGGUAAAGGCUAUAUCACACACCUUAGAGAAUGGUGACAGAUGAAUAUGCAGCAAUGAUUACCAGAGGAAACCCAAAGAAACUCGAGGGGAAACCUGCUCAAAUGCCAUUUCAUUCACUACAAAUCUCACUUGAUGUCACCUGCAACUGAACCUGACCACAGUAUGAAACAUAUCAUUCUCUUCAUUCGCCACUAACAUUAUACAGAAGCAUGGAAAACUGGAAACUUGUGGGUCAGGGUCUUACACACGUAUCAACAGUGUGGUCUACACUAGGUCAGGAUAUUCUGGAAGAAGCCACAAAAGGAUUUGAAAUACAAACACAUACAAUUCUGUGGCAACAGUAGCAUUCAUUAAUCACUUUCAAACCACAGAAAAGGAAAACCUUGAUUAUUUCCACAGCCCACUACCAAGCUCCAGUCCCAAACUGCAAAAUCAACAAACUUCUCUCAUAUGUUCAGUGCACAUGAAAAUAUGUAGGAAGCGAAAA